AUGGCAGCCAUUGCUGUAGCGUGCCAGGAAGAAGAUGUCCGUCAUGUGAAGGCGCUAAUCAUUGGUCCUCACGGCACGCCCUACGAGUAUGGCUUCUUCGAAUUCACCAUCAACUUUGGCACCGAAUACCCUAGCAAACCCCCCAAGGUCGAGGCUCGAACGACGAACAAAGGCCGAACACGGUUCAACCCAAAUAUAUAUGCAGGUGGGAAGGUCUGCCUCUCAAUCCUGGGCACCUGGCAUGGCGAGCGUCCGGGUGAAGAGUGGUCCUCUGCUCAAGGCCUGGAAUCCAUCCUAUGGUCCAUCCAGAGCCUGAUGUCCAACAACCCAUAUGAGAACGAGCCAGGCUAUGAGAAUGCCAAAGGCGCCGAAGAUAAGAAGAUGAACGAACUCUACUGUGCAAAGAUACGGCAUGAGACAAUCCGAAUCGCGGUCCUACAAAAGCUCGAAGAUGCUCUAGGCAUCCAGGCCGAUGGCUCGGUGGUACCAGCCAACUCCCCCAAAUGGGUUUCCGGAGAUGAAGAGGAAGAUGUUCACGACGAGAAGGCCGAGGCCGAGAUGAAACUCAAGUUUGAACCAUUCCGAGAUCUCUUCAAGCGACGUUUUCUCUGGUACUACGAAACCUACAUGUCCACCAUCGAAGAUCAAACCCCAAAGCACAAAGACAAUUCAGAUUUCACGAAGAUGCCCUUUGAAGGUGGUGGGAACACCAUGGACGGCAAAUUCCGUUAUGGCGAUCUGGGCCGACGUCUUGUUCGCGUCAAGCAAGUCAUCAACGAGGAGACGGAGAAGUGGGCGGUUGAGGGCCUCGCACUGAAGAAACGCGAGUCUUCCAAGGCGGCCAGUAUGCAGCGUCAAUUUGAACAGAUUGGAGACUAUUUGAGGCAGAAGAAAUGUCAUAACCUGUCGGUGGAGCUGGAAGAUCACAACCCAUACGUUUGGAUGAUGACUUACUUUGGCAAGCCCAUGACUCACCUCGAUGGUGGCGUCUUCAAGGUCCGGAUCAGCAUCAGCCCACGUUUCCCAGACCAACAACCACGGGUCAAAGUGGAAACACCAAUCUACCAUCACCGAGUGUCGAGAGAUGGCGUCGUGUGCUACUUUCCCAAAAAACCAGACGAGAUCCGAAACCAUAUUGAAUGCAUUGUGGAAGCCUUGGAAGAGGAGUCGCCUCCUUACGACCCUCGAACUAUUGUUCAUCCAGAGGCCAGCAAGCUGUUGUGGGGAUCGGACAGCGACAAGAAGAAAUACUACCGUCAACUGCGAAGAUCUGCUCAGCGAACCACCGAAGAUGGUGGCUUUUGA